UUGCUUACGGACGUGUCCCACUUCGCUCGCGUCUGUUAGUGCAUGAUAGCCUGACAUCCACGCGCUUGAAAGGCAAGGACAGCGAAGAGCAUAUGUCACCGUCGUUGAGGAAUACUAGGAAUUCCAUACUCUUGGCGUCAUCGCGCGGUGAAAUCUCGCGCCAUGUGUCUCACGAGGAAUCAAACGGUCAAAACUUCCCGAUAGGAAUCUAUUGCGUGAGAUUGGAUAUUCAGUCGGCAAAUUUUCGAAAAGUAGUUUAAACAUUUUUCCCACUAUUUUCCCUCUCUUUCACUAUUGAUUCUCUAUUCAUCCGAGAUAAUGAAUGCUACGAUUGUAUUGACGAUGUGAUUCGCGAAUAAUCAAUAAAAAAAGAUCUGGAAUUUGAAGGGAAGAGACGAAGAAAGAGAGAAGGAAAAAAUAGAACAGACGUAUUGAUAUUGUUAAAAUAAAAAAAAAAAAAAAAAAAAAAAACGCAAUCACUGUUUGUCAUUUGGAGGAAAAAGGAUUGCGGUUUGAAAACACCGCCAUACAGUGUAGCAGUACCCGGUACAACAGAAAUCUAGAAUCGGACUGGAAUGAAAUAGUUUCGAGUUUUAAUUUUUGCUCCAAGAACGGAAAUACGAGAUUUGAGGGAUGGCAUCGCAAACUGUGGAACUGAGAACACUGCUAUGAUUGUCAUUCAACGUUAACAAGACCAAAUUACUAGCACGUGCGAAGAAGUCACAGUAAAGAUGAUAGCUGUAUCGGGAAGAGGAUAUUUUCAUUGGAUCGAUUGGCUGGUGUUUGCACUUAUGCUCUUCGUGUCUGCCGCAGCCGGCUUAUGGCACUUCAGAAGAGCGCAAAAGUCGAACACACAGGACUACCUGCUUGGAGGAAGAAGCUUAGGACUCUUUCCCGUGUCCGCUUCUCUCGUCGCUAGUUUCAUAUCAGGCGUGACGAUUUUGGGUACUCCGUCGGAGAUUUACAACUUUGGCACGCAAUAUUGGAUCACGAUCUUCUCGAUUUUUUUUUCCGGUAUCGUGGUCGCUACUAUAUAUCUUCCUGUCUUUACUACCUUACAACUUAACUCUGUUUACGAGUAUUUGGAAAUUCGAUUCAAUCGUACCGUAAGGAUUCUGAUUUCUUCAAUUUUUAUUUUUGACGUGAUUCUUUUCCAAUCAAUCGUAGUCUAUGUCCCUGCAUUGGCAUUGAAUCAAGUGAGCGGUAUCAAUAUACACUUGAUCGGAAGCAUCGUAUGCAUCGUAUGUGUUUUCUACACCGUUCUGGGUGGUAUUCGAGCAGUGGUUUGGACAGAUGCAUUACAAGUCGGCGUGAUGAUAGCAGCAGUUAUUACAGUUGCCUCUCUAGGUACCUAUCAAAUGGGAGCGUCUGAAAUUUGGAAUAGAGCUAUCGAUGCCAAUCGCAUCGAAUUUUUUAAUUUUGAUCCAUCGCCCUACACGAGACAUACCUUUUGGACAGUACUGAUUGGUUCUUGGUUAUACAAUACCUCGUAUAUCGCUGUCAAUCAAACUAUGGUGCAACGAUAUAUAUCGUUAAAAAAUACAAAAAUAUCUCAAAUAUCCAUUGCGAUAUUUACCAUCAGCAUAAUGGUGUUUAUUUCAACAUGUUGUUGGUGUGGACUAGUCCUUCUCGCUUGGUGGUCGCCACCGAAAUGUGAUCCAAGAGUUUCUGGCUUAAUUACAGCCGAUGAUCAAUUGUUGCCGGCUUAUGUCAUGGAAAUUGCUCAUCAUUUACAUGGGAUACCUGGCCUCUUUAUUUCCGGAAUUUUUGGCGCAGCACUCAGCUCAUUAUCAGUAGGCUUCAACUCGACGUCCGUUGUGAUUCUGGAGGACUUCGUUAAAGGAUGCUUUAAAAUGAAGCCCAAUGAUCGUUGUUCCACAAUUUUCGUGAAAAUUCUUGUCGUCCUGUUUGGUGUGAUGGCGCUAUGCUUGCUUUUCUUGAUCGAGAAAUUAGGAGGAGUUCUAUCUGUGACGGGUAGUUUAGCCGCUAUCGCUGCCGGAACUUCCUUUGGCGUCUUCACUCUGGGUAUCUUGUUUCCGUGGGCAAAUUCCAAGGGUGCCUUUGUUGGUACUAUUGCAGGAUUCAUUAUGUCCGGAUGGGUCAGUUUUGGUGCGAAUGCGGCCAUUGGUUCUGGUCUCAUAGUGCCAAAGAAACUUCCAGUGCCACAGUGCGAGGGAAAUGUGAGCCAAAAUUUCUUAAAGCAAUUUGAAUGGCACAACGAAGACAAUGUCUUCCCGUUAUAUCGGUUGUCUUAUCACUGGGUUGCUCCUAUUGGUACGUUGGCGGUACUUGUGGUGGGUGCGAUUGUUACUUGUAUGACAGGUGUGCAAAAUCCUUCAUCGAUCGACAAGAAUUUGCUUUCUCCAGUGAUACAUAGGUGGUUACCACAACAAAAAUGUUCACGAGAGGUAGAUGGAUGUGUACCUGUAUCAACUGAUUUGCAACUAUCAGCAAAUUUACUAUCGGCUCUUCGUAAAAAAUCACAAUCUAAUUAAUAAUAUUGUUCUAUAGAA